GGAACCGAUCCAUACGAUGCAAUGCAAAGAUGAUAUGCAAUUGUUCGACUUGAAAGAUAAUGCUACACAAGAAUUUUUCCAUGAACUGGAAACUUUCAACCAGAUCUAUACAGUAUUUCAUCGAUAUUUAUGUGCAGUACUAUGUACCGUUGGAGUAGUUGUUAACACUCUGCAUUUCUUUGUUUUGAGUCGACGUGCAAUGCGCGCCUACAUUAUAAAUGCUCUACUUUGUGCUAUGGCAGUGUGUGAUGCUUUGACAAUGGCCUCAUACUUAGUGUAUAUUCUACGAUUUCGAAUUUUUGACAAUCCAGAAGGCUCUUUCGGGUACCCUUAUUCUUGGCUUGUGUUCCUCAUCGUACAUGUAACCUCAUCGAUUGCCUUUCAUACGGGUUCUCUUUAUUUAUCCGUCAUAAUGGCAUAUAUACGAUGGACAGCAUUAGACCGAUUGGAUGCAAAAUGGAUUAACAGCAGUGCCAUCAAGCACAUAUUUUUCUUCACUGCAUUCUCCGUUACCUUCAUCUCUAUACCAAACUUAUUAGUUCACAAAAUCGUCUCGCUCAAUGAGAUUUUUCACACCAAUGUAACCGAGUAUGACCAUCUCUACACCGUAGAACUAGAUCAAUCUGGUCUGAAUGGAUGUAUGUUGUUUCGAGCCAAUUUGUGGAUUACGGGAAUUUUUUUCAAGGCCGUUCCUUGCGCGCUCUUGCUCUGGUUUACCAUAGCCUUAAUAUGGAAACUUUGUGAGAUGAGCGAAAAACGGCGAUUACUUCGCGGUGAUGGCAAUAAUAACAGGAAGGCAAAGUUGAGCAUUGACAAAACAACUUUGAUGCUAAUCAUUAUGUUGGUUGUCUUCCUCUGCACUGAAUUACCGCAAGGGAUGCUAGCCAUUCUCUCUGCUAUCUUCCCCACGCAUAUACACAUGAUGGUCUAUGUCAACGUUGGGGAAGUGCUGGACUUAUUAUCACUAGUCAACUGUUUGACAUCGUUCGUGCUCUACGUCUGCAUGUCCAGCACAUAUCGUGCCACAGUCAAACAACUUUUCAUGCCAAAUCACAAAACCGCCAUCCAGAAGACCACGCUAGCAGCGCAGUCCUUGAAACUGCUCAUGUCAUGAUAGCACGAGAACUGGUCCCUGACGUGUAGCAAGAAGUUAUUAAUGAUGAUUGUUAUGUGGUCGCUCCUGGUCUAUUUUCGCCCAAUUUCACAAAUGUCAGUCAUAAGAGCUUUUCCAAAGCAAUUGUGAAAAGACAUUAGUGGAAAUACUUCUGUUACAUUGUUGCCU